UGGUGCCGUGUGGACUUCUGUGGUGCGGGCUGACAGCUGCGCGUGCUGACCCGGAGGACCGCAGCAUGGCCGCGCUCGGCCGGACGGCGCUGGGGCUGCUGGCCACGCUAAGAGUGGUGAGCUGUCUGCAGAGCUUUGAGCUAGAGCCGAAGCGAACAGAGGUCAACCCUGGCGAAGCGGCGGUGCUGCACUGCAAGAUACACAGCAAAGCCGGCCAGUGCUCGUGGCAGAAGGAUGGCUACCCGAUCGGGCCCGAGCAGGACAAGUACGAGUGGGUGGGCGCGCCGGACGACGGCGACUGUUCGCUGAGGGUGCUCAGGGCUGACCUCAAGUACGACGACGGCCUCUGGUCGUGUCAGGUCACCGCCAGCAGCUUCCAGACGCAGGACGCGCUGCGCUCGACCCCGGCGCCGCUCGUGGUCAGAGUGGAGCCGAAGACGCCGCAGAUCGAGUUUGGCGCCGUGCCGAUUCCUUCCGGCCGUAACCUGACGGCCAGACUGAGCGACGAGGUGACCGUCCAGUGCAGCGCCGCCGGCGGCAACCCGCCCGCCAUCAUCCGGUGGUUUGUCGGCGAGGAGGACCUGACGCAGAUGUCUUCACAACGAAACGUGACCGAUGUGGAGAGCCCGAAGACGUUCACGGCCAUCUCGGAGCUUCGCUAUAGUUUCCGCCGGCAGCACGCAGGGGCGUACUUGCGCUGCGUGGCGCUGCACCAGGCGUACGACACGCCAUCGCGAGACACCAUCGCCCUACUCGACCUACAGUACGUGCCGGAGGUGCGGCUGACCGGCCUGCCCGACCGCGAGCUGGAGGAGAACGUGGACGUGGUGGUGCUCGAGUGCCAGGUCGACGCUAACCCGGCCGCUACCGUACUCUGGCGCUUCGCGGCGCGCGACGACGACCGCGCCGACAUCUUCUUCGUCGACAAACUGGAGCUGCGACCGGUCACCAAGAAGAACUCGGGCACGUACGAGUGCGAGGCCAGCAACGGCGUGGGCACGAGCAAGCCUCUCCGCGUCACGCUCGACAUCAAGUACGCACCGCGAGUCUACCACGUGCAGCCGCUGUACCACAUGACGGCGGCCCUGUACAACGCCAGCGAGCUGGAGUGUGAAGCUGAGGGCAGCCCGGAGCCGAGCUACCAGUGGCUGCAGCGGCUGCCGGCCGGCGCCGGCCGGCGGGCUGCGGCGGCCGUGGUCCGCGGCACGGGCCGGCGCCUCCGGCUGCAGAACGUCACCUACCAGAGCCAGGGCCAGUACGUGUGCGUGGCCAGCAACGUCAUCAACGGCGAGGAGCGCAGCGACCGCGGCGAGCCGGUCGAGCUGGGCGUCAUUGGUCCUCCUCAGAUCGUGCGCGCUGGGCAGGCCGCCACUGUGUCGGUGGUGCGGGGCCAGGAGGCCGUGCUCGAGCAGGUGUUCUGCUCUGACCCGCUGCCGUCCAGCGCCGUCUGGCACUGGGACGGCCAGCAGCUGCAGACCGGCAGCAGCCGCGGUCGCUACUCGGCAGACGACAUCAGCCAGGAGGACGCCGAGGACUGCUACCGGACGCGGCUGCGCGUGCAGGAGGCGGGACCGGCCGACCAGCACCCGUACUUCCUCCACGUGCAGAACGACCUCGGUUCAGACCGGCACGGUGUGGCACUCCAGGUGGAAGGAGUGCGCCGCCUGCUUGCAGAGCCCGUCUCCAGGAUAACACUGAUCGCCGGAGCCUGCGGCGGUCUGCUGCUGCUCGUCGUCGUCGUUGCCCUGCUCGUCAACGCAUUCAGAAAGGACAAAUGGUGCUUCUCCCAUAAGGGAGGCUUUAAGCCGACGGACAUUGACAGCGAAAAGCGCGAGGCCAACGGUCGCGGUGAGUGUCCGGGCCGGCACGGCCUGGGCGCCAUUCCCCCCGACGCGCUGUACACGGGCCCCAAGAAGUCGCCGGCGGGCAUAACGGGUGACUACGAGUACUGUGGUAAAGAUGACGAGGUGCGGGAGGCGGACGGCUCCUGGGGCGGCAUCAUUUACGCCGACCUCCAGCUGCCUCGAGCCUCCAACAACGGCUCCAUGAGGAAGUACCGGCACCACGUACGCCGCGGGCAGAGCCAUCUAGUGAGCGCGCCACCAACUGACGUCAAACCCACGGAGUACGCCGAGAUCGCAUUUUCCCCAAGGACAGAGGUGUAGUGCGUGGACAGAGCGGUGCGUUGACGCGUCAGCUGCUCACGUCGGUGAUGGCACCGGGUCAUCCGGACAGGGGCGAGGGUGCGGCGCAGCGGAGGCGCGCCGAGUCCCCAGUCGCGGGCGCGCCCACCAGCCGACGCGACCACUGGCGCGCAGUUCAGGGAGGUGCAGUGGGCGGGCGCCGGCAGCACUCGCCGCCAGGAGCUCGAAGGCGUGCUGCGGGCUGCGACGGCACCGGACUGAAGGGCACGAGACACCGGCUGCUGUGGCAGGCGGCGCCAGGACUUUUUACCCCUGGACGGUGGCCUGGCCGAUUUUGUACGCCACUGUGUGAUCUCCGCCGCCUCCUCGUGUAAAAUAUGUACAAAGCAAUAAGUUGGUGCGAGCUUACUUGAAGGCCUGGAUGAUGGCGUCCGAAGACCAUGAUUGAGUCAGCAAUUCAGCCUCCGGGGCAUUGCGUUCACUGUCUGUGAGGGACAGAUUGGCGUCCAUGUUGGCCUGCAGAUCGACUUGUUUCGACUCACACAGAACAUACGAUCAUUUUCCUGUUUCUUGGACAUUCUUCGCUGAGAAUCCCCAGUGCUAUGUUUAUAUAAUGGUCUUGCUUUGAUUAAGCUCCAGCAGCGUUAAAAGAGCUUUUAACGUCUGCAGCGCAAAUUGAAGAAUUGUCAGCCACCUUGGUAUCAUGGGUUCCAAUAAUCAAUAUGUUUGGGUAGAUGUAUUCCGUGCUCAACUUAUGAAGCUGUUUUCAUUUUCUCUAUGCCAAGGUUAGGCGGUUAGUCGCUAAGUACCAAUAAUGGAUGCUUUGUUACAGUGUCUUCAUUGUCAUUGUACGCGUUCGUACGUCACCGAUUAAUUGCCUACGUCAUGUCUAGUCCUGAACGCAAGUGUAAGAUGUAAAACAGUGUGGCUUUGCACCCUUUGAUUUAUUUGCAUUCUGCCGCAUCAACGAACAUGCUAAUGAUUAGCCAGACAUUUUUACAGCUAUCGCAAAUAAGGAGGUGCAAAAUA